AUGUCCGCGUCCGUGAGAGCAAACUCCGCCCCGAGUUCAGCGAGGGCAGAGCGUCCGCGGGAGGGAGCAGUUGCAGAGGUGCCGUGUCGUACCUUGGUGGAGAGCUCAAAGACGCAGCUUCAGCCGGUUCAUAAUGAAGUGAUCCCAGAGGAGCUGCUGGUCAGUCUCACCUCCACCGUCUGCAGUGAGAAGAGGCUCAUGCCCAGUGCCCACCAGCGCCACUGCAAGGGCUGCACCUUCAGACGCCCAGACGCUGUUUGGCACCACCCUCUCGGACGGAAGAAAUACCAGUACUUUUUGGAGCAGCCCACGUCUCUGGGCGGAGCGGGCAGGGACAUAUCGUUCCUGUGCGAUGCAGCUCAGAGGAAAGCCAUCACUCUGCCCCCACUUUCGGAAAAAGCAGCGGACACACAGAACAUGACCUUGUCUGAAAGCCUGAUCCCAGACGAGUACCACAUCGUGAAAAACAAAGGACUGCGGAGCCUGGAGCUGUACGAGGAUGCCUUCACCGUGCAGCUGCAAGACGAUGAGCAGAAGCUACGGGUCUUCCCUUCAAUGAAGCCUAGUGGCAGACAGGAGGUACUGCAGCUCAUGCGGGUGAUGGACGACAUGUUGGAGAAGGCAGGAGUGGAGCAGCGAAGCGAAGAACUCAACGAACUCACCCAGAUCGAGGGCCUGCUGGAGCUGGUGCGCACGGAGCAGAACAUCUACAAUGUGGUUUUCCAUGAGCUGAUCAGACAGGUCAGUGUGGCCUGUGCCGAGAGAGGGCAGCUCCUCGCCAAACUCAGGCAGAGGUACCAGUCCCUCCUGGAGCGGAUCCCUCAGUACCUGAAGGCUCUGCACACUGAGGCCGUGGCUCAGAGGGCGUUGGACCGACAACUCACUGUGGAGAUUCACCGCAUCAAGACCUCCAUCCAGCAGCUCAGCAGAGAGCUGGCGAGGAUCAAGGCCCAUGAUGCCUUUGUUUCCCAGCAGGCCGAGCGAGCCCAACACGAGCUGACGGAAGCUCUCAACCAAAGUCACAACAACUCAGAAGUGGUUCAGAGUUACCACGAGCUGUACGAACUCCAGCGCAGCCGUCUGAACUCUCAGCUGAUGCAGAUGACCGAGGAGAGGGACCUGUGGAGCCACUUGACCUACUGCCUGGCCCUCAAGGUGAUCAGAGUGAAGGACUUGCAGCUGGUCAGUCAGUUGCACAACAGCGAAGAGACGUGGCACCAAACAGCGGAGAACUGCAGUGUCUAUAUAAACGCCAAGGACUCGGAGGACCUGAAGUCUCUCUCGGACAUCUCUGGGCUCUGGAGGGAGGAGCUGCAGAGGUUCAUGUCUGAGCUGAGGAGGAGGGACCAGGCUCAGUGCGACGUCAUCCGCUCCGUUCAAGACGACAUCUCCAGGUGGCUGCACUUCUGCUCGUCACAGCAGGAGAAUCACGGUCAAAAAUGUCCAAGAGCUACAAUGGAAGAAAUUAUUGCAGAUUUUAAAAAGUGGUGUGAGGCUCUGGUCCCUCAGGCUGAGCUCUUCCAGGGGGAGGAGGUGCUUGGUCUCAGAGAGAGCCUGGAGAAGAUGAUGACUGUUCGGGAUCAGUGGCUGGGUCUGUCCCUUCAGCUCCUCCAGAGACACCCGGGUCCACACGGAGCUCGGCCUCAGCACUACCACAGCCUCAGCGAACUCCAGAGCCUCCUGUCCGAGCUCGACACCAAACUCAGCGACCACAUCACCGGGGAGAACGGAGUGCACAGCCAGCUGCAGUCUCUGUGUGCCUCCAUAGAGCCCGGGUUUAUUAAACUGUCAGAGCUGAAGGAGCAGCCUCACGGAGCUCCGGCCCUGGACCUGAAGAAGACGGAGAAAUCACUCACGCUUUGGAAGAGUCUGGCGGACAAAAUCUUACAACUCAUUUUAGGAGAGAAAAUAGACCAACAGACCAACGAACCUGCUUUGUACGCAGAGACGAAGGAGGCCGCUCACAGAGUCAAAGUGUUUGUAGAAACUCUCUGCAGCUUCAUCGAUGCCGAGAACCAAACCAUCAGUCGAGAGAUCUUUAGUGUUCAUAAGGGCCGGAGUCGCUGGAUGUUGGACCUGCUCCUCCUCCUGGUCCCGGACUUGGAGCCGCACGCGAAGAACCACCGUGAGCGCAGACUCAAACUGCCCCACGCAUCCCAGCCCUCUGUCCCACAGCUGGAGGAGGACGCGGCCCCGCUGUCCCAGAGAGUGGAGCGGCUUUCCAAAUACUUCACCAGGACUUGUCAGCUGAUUUACGAGGAGCAGAGUCUGAACAGCCGAACUCGGCAAGAAGCGGCUGAGAAGGAGGUGAUGGAGUGUGGAAAACUCGAGAAUGAAUGCACAGACUGGGUGGACACUUCUAAAAUCCUCCUGGUUGGUUUAAAAAUGCCUCCUUUAGAGACGCUCACAUCCUUGAACGAUGGAGCAGCUACGAGGGAAGACGUGGAUUCACCGGGCAAUCAGGAAGUGCAAGAAAAACAUGAAAAAACAGAUGAACACACAGAGAUUAAAGAAGAAACAGCUGAACAAGAACUUGAGCAGAGGGAGCCAUCCGUCCACAACAGUCCCAUGGUGGAGCUGAUCUCCAGCGACCGCAGCGUCGUCCAGAAUAAACUGGGAGAGAGACGAGUUCAGCUGACUGUGAGCGAGGAGCUGGUGGUGGCUCCGGUCACUGAAGAAGCACAACGAGCUUUUACUGAUCUGAACACAGUGGAAUUAUUACAACAGGAACUCAUCGUUUCAGAGGAGCAGGUCCAGAGCGCACAGCAGAGGGCGCUAAAGGCUGAGGAGGCUCUGCAGGCCGCACUGCAGAGGAUCCAGGACCUGGAGCGACAGGUGGAGGGGCGGAGCCUGGAGCGUCCAGAGACACGAGAUCCAAAGCAGCCGGAGCCCUCCACCUCUCCACCUCCUGAGGUCAAAGCUGCUCCAGCGAAGAAAACUCCACCCGAGUCCAAACCUCAGACCAGCUCCAAAAAGACCAGGAAACGCUGAGACACACAACUGUCACAACUACA